CAACUCUCCCCAACCACGCCGAGCCCCACAGACGGGCCAGAUAGCCAUGCACCCACACACAGCACUUCCGUGAAGAGCACUACCCCGCUGAGCGCCCCGACUACAGACAUUCUUCCCCCAAGUACUCUCCCUGGGGGAAUGCACAGCUCCACCACUACGCUCAGCACUCAAGUCAGUGAUGGGAGUGUAGCCACAGGUUUUACCAGUUCUCCUGCAGGUGCAACACCCAUCCCUCCCUCACAGGCCACUACCACCAUCAACAUUGCGACUUCAACCACGCCAUCCGCGAGCACUCUCUCCAGCGAGACACACAGCCCCACAACUGCACACAGCCCCCCAGCAGAUACAAACAGUACAGUAGGCGAUCCGACUUCAAACACAGCAUCUACAAGUACUGCCUCGCCUGAAGUUCAAGUCUCCCCAACCACGCCGAGCCCCACAGACGGGCCAGAUAGCCAUGCACCCACACACAGCACUUCCGUGAAGAGCACUACCCCGCUCAACGCCCGAACUACAGACAUGCUUCCCCCAAGUACUCUCCCUGGGGGAAUGCACAGCUCCACCACUACGCUCAGCACUCAAGUCAGUGAUGGGAGUGUAGCCACAGGUUUUACCACUUCUCCUGCAGGUGCAACACCCAGCCAUCCCUCACAGGCCACUACCACCGUCAACAUUGCCACUUCAACCACGCCAUCCACGAGCACUCUCUCCAGCGAGACACACAGCUCCACAACUGCACACAGCCCCCCAGCAGAUACAAACAGUACAGUAGGCAGUCAGACUUCGAACACAGCAUCUCCAAGUACUGCCUUGCCUGAAAUACAAGUCUCCCCAACGACGCCGAGCCCCACAGACGGGCCAGACACCCAUGCACCCACACACAGCACUUCCGUGAACAGCACUACCCCGCUGACCACCCCGACCAUAGACAUGGUUCCCCCAAGUACUCUCCCUGGGGGAACGCACAGCUCCACCACUACGCUCAGCACUCAAGUCAGUGAUGGGAGUGUAGCCACCGGUUUUACAACUUCUCCGGCGGGUUCAACACCCAGCCCUCCCUCACAGGCCACUAGCACCAUCAACAUUGCCACUUCAACCACACGGUCCAUUAGCACUCUCUCCAGCGAGACACGCAGCCCCACAACAGCACACAGCCCCCCAGCAGAUACAAACAGUACAGUAGGCAGUCUGACGUCGAACAAAGCAUCUGCAAGUACUGCCUUGCCUGAAGUACAAGUCUCCCAAACCACGCCGAGCCCCACAGACGGGCCAGACACCCAUGCACCCACACACAGCACUUCCGUGAACAGCACUACCCCGCUGAGCGCCCCGACUAUAGACAUGCUUCCCCAAAGUACUCUCCCUGGGGGAACGCACAGCUUCACCACUGCACUCAGCACUCAGGUCACCGAUAGG